AAGAGCAUGAAAGAACGAGUACUACGAGAAGACAAAGUGCACUGAGGAAAGAUUACUACACAGUGGAGAGGAGGAGAGUGGUGGAGGGCCGAGGACACCAUCGAGCAGCGAGUGCAUAUACUUGCCCAAGACGCUUUCCAAAUCAAACGUCAUCGCAUCAGCAUUAUUUUUGUCCCCCAUAUCAUAUCAGCCUUCGGAAUGGUUUCUAUAAUGCACUAGUUUUAUUAGCAGUGACGUGUCCACAACCUUGGGAUGCGGGGGUGGGGCAGCUUUGGAGAGCAUGUGCCAACGGCAGAGUGCGAGACGCGUCGCGUUGCGAACGCAUGCUCCUGUCGCUCCCGGUGAGCGGUGUGUUGCCGUCGUCGUCACGAUGCCAGGAGUUGCUGCCGUAGCGGUGAGCGCUUCGCUCUGCGCGCUCGUGGCUGUGGUUGUCGCGGGUGGUCCGUGCAGAAGCAAUGAAUUCCGGUGCAACUCAGGGCAUUGCAUCGAUGAACACAGGAGGUGUGACGGAAGGAGGGAUUGUAAUGAUGGCGGUGACGAAGAAAAUUGCCUCUCAGAAAAUAAUAAACAUUGUGGUGCAGGCAUGUUCCGUUGUAAUGACGGGAAAUGCAUAUCAUCGGACUAUCGCUGUGACGGGGAAAUCGACUGUCUCGAUACCUCUGACGAAUCACAGUGCGAAUGCGAGCGUCACGAAUUCCGAUGUCGCAGCGGCAUGUGCAUUGACGGCUGGCGGAAGUGCGACAAGAGAGCCGACUGUGACGAUGCUUCCGAUGAAGAACAGUGUGGAAUCUGCCAGGCUGGGCAAUAUAAGUGCGGCAACUCUCAAUGCAUCGAUCCCUCGGGGCGCUGCGACGACAAUGUUGACUGCAGAGACUUCUCUGAUGAAGCUGGAUGCGAUCCCUACGCAGAAAUCAACGUGAAGGUUUACCCUGAACGUCAGACAGUCCGUCAAGCUCAGCAAGUCGUGUUCCGCUGUCGAGAUGAGGGCAUGCUGAGAUCUCGAGUCCGUUGGUCACGAGCUGACGACACUCCUCUGCCUCCCGGAUCCACGGACGUUCGGGGCCGUCUGACCAUGCACGACAUUCAGCUUCACCACAGCGGGACGUACCUCUGCAAGGCGCUGGGAAACAUAAGUGCGGCUACCAUUGCACAGAAAGCCGCUUUUCUCACUGUACAGCCCCGGAAAGUCAUUCCUUCAGCGCGCAUGGAGCCCGAGAGACAGAGGGUGAAACAGGGUGAGGACGUCAAGAUACGGUGCAUAGCAAGUGGAACGCCUGCGCCUGUGAUUACAUUCAGCAAAGCGACAGGUGACCUCUCAGAACGACACAUGGUACAUGGUGACACUCUCGUCAUAAGACAUACCGUCCUCCAAGAUCGUGGACAGUAUGUAUGCCAGGCAAAAAACAGGGAGGGAAUGGCUCAAGCGACGGCGUUACUCCAAGUGGACAAUCCUCAUCCCCCGCAGGAGUUCAGAAAAAAGGAGGCUGUAACAGCUUUCCUUGGCUCAAGCGUCCAACUGACUUGCCCUCUCGCUGGCGUCUCUUCUUGGACAAUUGAAUGGACAAAGGAUUCGGGUCAGCUGUUGCCUCAGAAGGCGAGAGUGUCCAAUGGGAAGCUCUGGAUUCGAGACGUACAAGAAGAAGACUCUGGAAGGUACAUCUGCGCUUCAAAGUCUGGAGUCUCAAUGCGAGACUAUGUUAUCCUUCACGUGAAAGAUGUUCCAAGUCUAGAAGUGAACAUUAAAGCUAGCAAAGGUUACGUCCAUAUGGGCGAUACACUGGACCUACACUGCCUUCUGUCUGGCAAUGUCAAAGCUCCAAUGACGUGGACCAAGCUUCCAGGAGAUGCUGACUUCCCCGACAACGUCCGUGUGAGAGGACCGACCCUGACCAUAAAUGGAGUCAGACAAGAGAAUGGAGGAGUCUACCGGUGUUCUGCCGACGGUCCCACAGGAGUCAUAAUGGACAACUAUGUUCUUACUAUUCAAGGUACCCGUAAGGUUUCACCCAGCGAAGUGGAAACCCGCACGGCGCCUUACGGAUCGACGGUCACCUUGGACUGUGUGACCAGAGUGAAGCUGGAUGAACCAGUGACAUAUACGUGGUCUAAACAGAACGGAAACAUUUCUGACGAAGCGGAGCCACGUCCAAAUGCCCUCAAGAUACACGACGUUAAGGCAACGGAUGCUGGAACGUAUAUUUGCACGGCAAAGUCCGAGCACAUAACCGUCGAGGUGCCAGUAGUCGUCGUUGUCACAGGCCUAAUUCCACGUUUCACUCAGGAUCCCCUGUCGUACAUGAAACUGCGUCCUGUCCCCAAUCGCACUUGCACGGACUGCGAAUUUGCGAUAACAUUCAAGCCUAAAAAGCGCAACGGGCUUCUUCUGUAUAACGGUGGACGUCAGCCAAACGGUGUCACUGGGGACUUUAUAUUACUGGGGCUAAACAAUGGCUACGUCGAGUUCAGGUACCAACAGCGACCGGAUAUGGGUCUCAUUAGGAGCACCCAGACCAUAGAGCUGGAUACUUGGCAUACAGCAAAGGUUGUCAAGAGAUCUAGAUAUGUCGCCCUCAGUGUUGAUCAUCAACGACAGGUCAUCAAUGCAUUCAGCGGAAAAGAAAAUGGCUUGAAUUGGACACAGGAUAUUUAUGUUGGCAGUGUGCCAAACCUUGAACAAAUUUAUAAAGGCAGCGGGCACACGGAAGGCUUCGUCGGCUGUGUAAGCGACAUUAAGCUUGGACCGACCAGUGUGGACUUUAGACUGGAAGCUGAGAUGGUUGGGACAACGCUGUGCGAAGGCUGCGCCGUAAAUCCCUGUCUUCACGACGGCGUUUGCCAAGAAGCGUUGACGGGUUACUGGUGCAUGUGUGCGCCGGGAUUCUCGGGACAACACUGUGAAACGGUGGGAGAAACGUGCUACCCGGGUGUGUGUGGUCAAGGCCGAUGCAUCAACAGAGCUGGAGGGGGUUUCGACUGUUACUGCCCCUUUGGCCGCACUGGACACCGUUGCGAAAAGAACAUUCCGAGCGCCAGUCUGGAUGCCAGCGAAUGAUGUCCUGUCGAGCGUACCUGAAUUCCUUCUAAUUCUGACUACCAGUUUUGUUCAGUGUGGCAAUGCACGUGUCCAACGCUGCUGGAGACAACGGUGCUAUCUUUGGGACCAACCAGAACCAGUGAUCACGCUUUGGAAGAUCAUGCAAAUCUCAAUCGAUCCCUGUGUGCUAAUGAGCCAUCGUGCUUUCUGUGACAUCAGCAAGGCAGGACUUGCGUUCCGUAUUAGCAUGUUAGGCAAAUGUGAACAUGAAGUUUGAAGAGCCGAUCCUGGUCAGGGACGCGACAGCGCGGUGUACGGUUGCUGGAAGCCUCAAUUAGCAGGGGCUGCUGCACGAGCCAUCGAUUUCAAUUUUCAAGCUAUAAAUAAAGAAAAGAACACGUAAGA